AUGGCUAGAAAAGAAGAACCGAAAAUUCAACCUAAUAAUGAUUUAGAAAAAAAGAUAAUAGAAGCUUUUGAAGUAUUCGAUCAUUCAGGCAAGCAAGUAGUUGAUGUACGAGAAAUUGGAACCAUUUUGCGCUCUUUAGGUUGUUGCCCUACAGAAGCUGAAAUACAGGAAGUCAUCCUUGCUACAGAAAAUAAAGAAGCUACUGGAAAUAUUCCACUUCUGAACUUUCUUCCAUACAUGUGCAAAGCAAUGAUAGAACAUAGAUUUUAUCCAGCUAGUGCAGAAAUGUUACUCGCAGCAUUUCGUUAUUUUGAUAAAGAACAACGUGGUUUCCUUACUAAGGAGAAAUUUGCACAGCUCAUGCUUGAAGAAGGAGAACCUUUUACACAGGAGGAAUUCGACGAAAUGAUGCAAACAGCGCUAGAUCCAGUAACAGAUACUAUUACUUACGAAUAUUAUAUCAAUCAGCUUAUGGUUGCUCCUAGAGAUGUUUAUAAUAUAGCAGAUGAAGUGGAGCUUGAAAGAAAAAGAAUAGAAGCCGCCGCUCCAAAGAAACGACGGGCAUCCUCCCUUUUGAGAGCAACACAAAUAUAAUUUUUUUCAUACUUAUGUUGACGACGAAGUUGUUGAUUCUGAGGAACCUCCAAAAUGAACCCCAUGCUUAAAAUACUCAAAUAAUGUAUUAAAACUCUUCUUUGAAAUACUCUUAUAAAAUUGUA